GCACUUCUCCUAGACGCCGCUCUCUCUAUAACAUAUCGCCUUUUCCGUCUCCGUUUUGUUUCAUCUCACAGCUGACCGGAAACAUGGCUCAAAUCACGGAGGGAGCUACGGAUUCAGUGGAUGCGAUAAGGUUCGAAUUCAUGUCAACAGAAGAGGUUCGGAAACACAGCGUUUUGAAGGUCACCAACGCCAAUUUGCUCGACUUCAUGGACCGCCCUAUGCCCGGUGGAUUAUACGAUCCCGUUUUAGGCCCCCUUGAGGACCGAACUCCUUGUAAAAGCUGUGGUCUCUUGAAAUUAAAUUGCCCAGGUCACUGUGGCCACGUUGAUUUGGUGUCUCCAAUUUAUAAUCCUUUACUCUUCAAUUUUCUUCAUACAAUUAUCCAAAGGGCUUGUUUCUUCUGCUAUCAUUUUAGGGCAGACAGGACUGAGGUUGAGAGAUGUGUUUCUCAAUUGAAACUCAUUGGAAAAGGUGAUAUUGUUGGUGCCAAAAGGUUAGAUUCAGACUCAAAAGAUGCAUCUUCAUAUCCAGAGAAUAGGGAAGGGAGCCAAGAUCUAGGUUCUAGACUGCAUGAUUCCGAGUCUGUAAAGGCGAAAGAAUGGACAUCUCUUCAGCUUACAGAGGCAAUGUCGGUUUUAAAUAAUUUUCUGAAAGUGAGGUUCAAAAAAUGUAAGAACUGUGAUGCGAAGAAUCCUGCUAUUUCAAAGCCCACUUUUGGUUGGUUUCACACGAAUGGCAUGUCUGGUUCGCAAAUGAGGGAAAACGUUAUCAGAGGGUGCAAAAUGGCAGAUGCUUUUUCUGGUGAAGCUGGAUCUGAGAUAGCAGAUGGCAGCGAUGCAUCUGGCUCUGAGGAUGGUGUUGAGAUAACAAAAAUGAGGACUUCUGAAACUGGAAAAGCUAGUAAAAAGAAGGAUAAAGUACCUCUUGAGUUCAUGAAGCAGAAGAAUUUGUUUUCAGGACCGCUUUUGCCAUCAGAGGUUAUAAAAGUUAUAAAACUUUUAUGGGAAAAUGAGAUUGAACUUUGCUUGUUGAUCAAUGAUAUCCAGCAGCAAGGGUUUGGAGAGAAAGUGGGUUAUUCUAUGUUCUUUUUGGACUCCAUUCUUGUACCUCCUAUUAAGUUUCGCGCUCCAACUAAGGGAGGUGAUUCUGUGAUGGAGCAUCCUCAAACUGUUUUACUAAGUAAGGUGUUGCAGGCUAAUAUAUCACUGGGAAAUGCUUAUAACAACAAUUUGCAGAGUUCAAAGGUUAUAAUUAGACUAUGGAUGGAUCUGCAACAAUCAGUAAAUUUAUUGUUUGAUAGCAAAACUGCAAUGAGUCAAAGGAGAGAUGCGAGCUCAGGAAUAUGCCAGUUGCUGGAGAAGAAGGAAGGCAUGUUCCGUCAGAAAAUGAUGGGGAAAAGAGUUAAUUUUGCAUGCCGAUCUGUUAUAUCCCCUGACCCUUAUCUGGCGGUUAACGAGAUCGGUAUUCCUCCGUAUUUUGCUUUAAGGUUAACAUAUCCUGAGAGAGUGACUCCUUGGAAUAUUGUGAAGUUGAGGGAAGCAAUUGUAAAUGGCUCUGAAGUUCAUCCUGGGGCUACACAUUAUGUUGAUAAGUUGUCCACCCAAAGACUGCCACCUAAGAGAAAAGCACGUAUUUCCAUAUCUAGAAAAUUACCAUCAUCAAGAGGAGCUAUUUCCCAACCUGGAAAGAAUUUUGACUAUGAAUUUGAAGGAAAAAUCGUUCUCCGGCACUUACAAGAUGGAGAUGUUGUGUUAGUUAACCGACAGCCUACGCUUCACAAGCCGAGUAUAAUGGCACAUGUAGUUCGUGUGUUGAAAGGGGAGAAGACAAUUCGUAUGCAUUAUGCAAAUUGCAGUACGUACAAUGCUGAUUUUGAUGGUGAUGAAAUAAAUGUACAUUUCCCACAAGAUGAAAUUUCUCGUGCUGAAGCAUAUAACCUCGUUAAUGCAAAUAACCAGUAUGUCAGGCCCUCGAAUGGCGAACCACUUAGAGCCUUAAUUCAGGAUCAUAUUGUAAGUGCUGUUCUUCUCACGAAGAGGGAUACUUUCUUAAGCCGUGAUGAGUUUAAUCAGCUUUUGUAUAGCUCUGGUGUUUCUGGUUUUACCCAAAGUUUCCUCUCUGGGAAACCCGGUCAGAAAGUAUUAAUUUCAAGUUCUGAAGAAGGGAUGAUGGACAUUCUACCUGCAAUAUUGAAACCAAAACCUUUGUGGACAGGGAAACAGGUCAUAACUGCUGUGCUAAAUCAUAUUACGAGUGGUUGCCCACCAUUUACAGUGGAAAAAGCUGGGAAAACCCCACAUGAUUUUUUUAAGAACAGAUCAAAUGAUAAACCAAACAAUGGCGGAGCAAGCAAAGAUGCUGGAAAAAAGUCAAAAAAAGAACCUGAUGAAGAAAAGAUAUUGAUUUUCAAAAAUCACUUGGUUCGUGGUGUGAUUGAUAAGGCCCAGUUUGCUGAUUUUGGUCUAGUUCAUACAGUUCAGGAGCUAUAUGGCUCAAACACUGCAGGCUUUCUGCUGUCAGUAUUCAGUCGUCUAUUUACAGUUUUCUUGCAGAUGCAUGGUUUCACAUGUGGAGUAGAUGACCUUUUGAUAAUGAAUGAUAAAGACGUUGAAAGGAAAAAGCAACUUGAAGAAUGUGAAAAGAAAGUAACAGAGGCACAUUAUGAGUUAUGUGGAGUCAAGGUGGAUACUGAUAUAGCUCUAAUGGAAUUGCAAUUGAAAAUUGAGAAAAUGAUACGUAGAGAUGGAGAGGCUGCACUCGCAGCCUUGGAUAGAAAGAUGAUUAGCGUGCUUAACAAGAACUCAAGCCAAGGUGUUCUUACUGACCUGUUGUCUGAAGGUUUAGUAAAACCUAUGGGAAAGAACUGUAUUUCUCUAAUGACUACAACUGGGGCUAAAGGUAGCAAGGUUAAUUUUCAGCAAAUUUCAUCUUUCCUUGGUCAACAAGAAUUAGAAGGGAAGCGAGUACCGCGGAUGGUUUCUGGGAAAACGUUGCCCUGUUUCCAUCCGUGGGAUUGGGCAGCUAGAGCUGGUGGGUUCAUAAGUGAUCGUUUUCUUAGUGGUCUUCGGCCGCAAGAAUAUUAUUUCCAUUGUAUGGCUGGACGUGAAGGUCUAGUUGAUACAGCAGUCAAAACAUCUCGCAGUGGGUACCUUCAGAGAUGCCUCAUAAAGAAUCUGGAGUGUUUGAAAAUCAGUUAUGAUCAUACUGUUCGUGAUGCUGAUGGCUCAAUUGUUCAAUUUAACUAUGGGGAAGAUGGUAUUGAUGUCCAUCAGACCAGCUUCGUUGAAAAGUUCGAAGCACUGGCAUUAAAUCGUGAUGUGAUGUCAGAAAAGCUUAGUUCUCAGCUUGGUGAACCUGAUGAUUCUGGAAAAAUAUUGCCUGAUGGUCUUAAAGACAAAGCUGUGCAGUUUAUAAAGAAUAAUCGGCACAUGAAGAUAAAGACCAAAAACUUCUUAAAAUUAUUGAAUCUUAAAUUUCUUUCUAGUCUUGCCCAGCCAGGAGAACCUGUUGGUGUGCUUGCCGCUCAAUCUGUUGGAGAACCUUCAACACAGAUGACGCUGAAUACUUUCCAUCUUGCGGGGAGAGGUGAAAUGAAUGUUACACUGGGUAUUCCACGUUUACAAGAGAUCUUAAUGACUGCUUCAGUUGAUAUCAAGACUCCAGUAAUGACGUGCCCUUUGCAUAAGGGGAAAACAAAGGAGGAUGCCUUGCGUCUUGCUGAUAAGAUGAAGAAAAUCACAGUAGCAGAUAUGUUGGAGAGUAUGGGAGUAUCUGUCACACCAUUUGCUCUUGAAAAUGGUGAUGUUUGUAGUAUCUAUAAACUCAAAAUGAGGCUUGGCAAACCCGAUCGAUAUUUUAAGAACAAUGAUAUAAAAACGAGCGAUUGUCAGCACAUCUUAGGGGUAGUGUUUUUGAGGGAGUUAGAGGAUGCCAUACAGAACCAUCUGGCUUUGCUGUCCAGAAUUUGUGGUAUAAAAAAUUUUGUGCCAGAUUCACGACCGAAUGCUUCAAAUGAAACCGAUGAAGACGUUCCUGAAAGCACUCGUGGGACUGAGAACGAUGAUACCGAUGACGAGGAAAGGGCUGAGGAUCUUGGUCUGGAUGCACAAAAACAGAAACAACAAGUGACAGAUGAGAUGGAUUAUGAAGAUGGUUCCGAUGAGGAACAAAACGAAGGGCCCACUUUGGCUGGGUUGGAAAGUGAAAUCGAUAUGUCCGAGGAUGAUAAUGGAACUAUUGAGAACGAUGUGAAUGGAUCAGAUAAUGAAAAGGAUGAGAUUCCUGAAAACAGAUCAAAGGAGGAAAAGACCAAAUCAGAACCCAAAAGAAGAAAGUUUGUUAGGAAGGAGACCGACAGGGCGAUAUUUAGUGAGACAAAAGGAUUGCACUUAGAGGUCCAUUUUAAGUUUUCAAAUGAACCUCACAUUUUACUGGCUCAGAUAGCUGAGAAAACUGCAAAGAAGGUUUACAUCCAGAGGUUCGGAAAGAUCGACCAAUGUCGAGUGACGGACUGUAGUGAGAAUCAAGUGUUUUACUACGGUGAAGAUCCGAAACGCAGGAAGAGUCUGUCCGACAAGGGAAACAUACCAGCUCUUCACACAGCCGGAGUGGAUUUCGGUGCUCUUUGGAAGAUGGAAGAUCACCUUGAUGUUAGGUAUUUAUAUUCCAACAACAUCCAUGCAAUGCUCAAUACGUAUGGAGUGGAAGCUGCCAGAGAAACCAUUAUUAGCGAGAUCAGUAACGUUUUCACGUCUUACGGGAUAGCCGUGAAUAUCCGCCACCUAACGCUCAUCGCUGAUUUUAUGACCCAUUCCGGAAGGUAUCGACCUAUGAGCCGGCUCGGUGGUAUAGCGGAAUCUAUAUCACCUUUCAGCAAGAUGACUUUCGAGACCGCCUCGAGAUUUAUCGUCGAGGCGGCAAGACACGGGCUGGUGGACAACCUGGAGACACCAUCCUCCAGAAUAUGCCUCGGACUGCCUGUGAAAAUGGGCACUGGAUCCUUUGGUUUGAUGCAGAAAGUGGACAUCUGAUAUAUUAAAAGCAGGGGAAAUGUUUUUCAUGUCCCGACUCAGUGAGUUGUUUAUUAGGCCUGUAAGUUAAGAGCAUUUGUAAGG